AUGACGACCCACGCGUCUCAGUCGCCCAAAAACGCUCUCUACUUUUUUUUUUUUUUUUAUCAAAGAAAAGAUGGUACGGCUGUGUUUGGCCCACGCGAUGCACGUCCCCUUCCGCCCUUCGGCCCCCUCAGAUAACUCGACACAAGCAACAAAGGAAGUUUCUCAGAGUCCCAACACAACUUGACACACUCUUGCACGCAUUCUCUCUCCCCUCUCUGAGGAGAAAAAGUGGCAUGAUGAAUCUUCUUGGUCUUCUGCUUCCCAUGUGGGUAUCGAGCGCCAUUUUGUCUACAAUCAUCAUUGAUGCCAGAUCAGAGCCUGCUAUAUCUGCAAUUUCGGAGCCUGCUUCUGUUGCCCAGAGAGAGCCUACUUCUCAAUUUUCUCUAAAAAUGGAAGCUGAAUCUCCAGGAGUACCAAAGGUUAGAGUAAUGCACCACCAAGAUUUGAACAAGAGAAUUCUUAUAGCGCUCAUUGUUGCUUCCAUUCUCCUUGGUGGGAUUUUGCUGUUUUCAAUAUGUUUUUGGAUCUAUAGAUGGAAAAACUCGAAGAACUCCAAUGAAAAAGGUCAAAAAAGCUUAGAGGCUGGAAAAGGGAUGUCGCAAAGUCCAAUGAUGGUUAGAUUUAAUUCCUUGAUGAUGGUCGAUAAGAAAAGUGCGGUAGCUAUAUUUGAUUAUCAAUCAUUAGAAGCUGCGACAAACAAUUUCCAUGAAAGUAAUGUUUUAGGUGAGGGUAGUUCUGGACGUAUCUACAAAGCUCGUUUUGACGAAAAAUCCCUUGCAGCAGUGAGGAGAAUUGAUGGUUUCAGGCUAGGCGUGGAAAGAGAAUUUGAAGUAAUAUUCUCGCUGAAAUUGAUUUGGAUAUCCAUUUGUUGGUUCCUGAACUUUUUCUUUACAGGUUUCCUCUUAAUUGAUUACUUGGAAUUGCAGAAUGAGGUAAAUUGCUUGAGCAAAAUUCGGCAUCAGAAUAUUAUUGAACUACUUGGUUACUGCAUCAAUGGAGAAUCAAGGUUUCUUGUUUAUGAAAUGGUUGAGAAAGCUUCUUUGGAAACUCAACUGCAUGGAUCUACUCGGGGAUCAGGUUUAACGUGGCAUUUGCGGAUGAAAAUAGCUGUUGAUGUUGCUAGGGGGUUAGAAUAUCUUCAUGAGCAUUCCAAUCCUCCCGUGGUUCAUAGAGACAUAAAAUCCUCUAACAUUCUUCUGGAUUCUAAUUACAAUGCUAAGCUGUCAGACUUUCUCCUUGCCGUAACUUCUGACACUGAAAACAAGAACAUAAAGCUUUCAGGAACAUCAGGUUAUCUGGCACCGGAGUAUCUUUCAGAUGGUAAACUAACAGAUAAAAGUGAUGUCUAUGCUUUUGGAGUUGUCCUUCUUGAACUUCUUAUGGGAAGAAAGCCAUUGGAAAAUGAUGCUCUGCCCCAAUGCCAAUCUAUUGUUACAUGGGCUAUUCCCCAGCUUACGGACAGAUCAAAGCUUCCAAACAUUGUUGAUCCUGUAAUAAAAAACACCAUGGACCUAAAGCACUUAUAUCAGGUUGCUGCUGUGGCUGUGCUAUGUGUACAACCAGAACCAUGUUACAGGCCGUUGAUAACGGAUGUCCUGCACUCACUCAUCCCUCUUGUCCCUUGUGAGCUUGGAGGGUCACUCAGAGUUACAGAACCUGCAAAGCCAGGCCGUCACUCAGAGUUACAGAACCUGUGAAGCCAGGCCGCCCAGAACCCUCCGGCUGACUGGAGAACCUAGCUUGUGACUAUUACACAUUGUCAUGCUCCAGAUCAACACAUUCUAGGCAAUCACUCAAAACACCCGAUUCGUUUUCUCGUGCUCAUGAUCAUUCUUUGCAGAUUACCUUUUCUGUGAGAUUUGGACAGCAGUAAACUUAUGGUACGAAGAGUUUUUUUUUUCCUUAAUUAAAGAUGUAAAUUGUAGUAAAUUUUAUGUAAUUUUUCCAUUACAGUCUGGGAACCAAUUUCAAACCAGUAAGAGAACCAAAAAAAGAGAGGCGCGGGGAUCCAAAAAUCUGUGAAAUAAACUUUUCUCAUCCUACGGAUGAAUAAGUCGAUAAUUUGUUGGUCAUUCUAUGGCAAUUUCAUUUUGCUACAUCA